CUGUAAUGUGUACUGUGUUUCGUGGGCGCCCGUCUCGCCCUUCCUCCGCCUCCCCGGCCUGCCCUGAAAGCUAGGCCGAAGCCUCCAGUGUUGCCGGGGCAACCGGGCCACACGGAGCCGCCUACAAAGCGUGUCUCCUUCCUCUGUCCCCAAAGGUACAACUCAAGCGGAGCCGUGGGGUGUGGGCUGGGUGUUCUGUUGGGAGUAUCCCAGGCCCUCCAGGCAUAGGCUUGAGCUGAGGUGGGAGAAGGUGGAAGAAGUGAAGUCAAGACCGCAGGGGGGACGGGGCGCACGGAAACUGGGGAAAGUGUCACUCGCACCCGUUCACACGUAUUUACUGGGAGGGUGAAGGCUAAAGAACAGUCACGGACAAGACACACCUCUUUCACUUUUCAUUCAGGUGAAUCCAGUGUAUUUCCACAAUGGAACCCACAAACAAGAAAUUGUUGCGUAAACAUGGGAAAUACAAAAAACGUUUGCACGAUGUGGAUGCACUCAUGGAAUUAUAUUCUAAUGAGAAACACAAAAGACGAAAUCAUGCAGCAACUGUCAUCCAAAGAUCGUGGAAAAGGUGGCUGGAUCUUGGUGUGUUUGACUACUAUAAAGAAUUAAUAGGCUUUAAGCAGUGUGGAGAACCUUCCCGACUCAUGAAGUACAUUGACCCUAGAGAGGCAGAAUUUUUAGAUGCUGCAGCAGGGGUUCAUAUCAGAUUCAGACUCGGUGGGCUAAAGUUUCCUCCAAGCAUAUAUUACAAAGUAUUUACCCACAGACCUAUUGUGGACAUGUGUGCAUUUAGUCCUAAAGAUUAUACAAAGCUUGCAGUCAAAAGAGGGCUACUAGGAAAGCGACAGGAAGAGAGUUCUGAAGAUCGUAGUGACUGGUACAAACGCAUCGAGAAUAAUGGCUGGAGACUUCUUUCCAUCAGGUACUGGAAAGCUAUGGAUCCUAUUACUGCUAAUGACAACAUAAAAACAAAAGAAUUCCAAUACUGCAGGGUGGUAAGGAAACAGGAACUGGAAAAGAAACGAAAAAGGAGGAAAAUUGAAUGGCUGAAAAAAAUGUACUUUGGAGAAAAGCUGCAAGUGAAAACUCUGGAUCCAGAUGCAACUGCCUUAAUUCAAAGAGCAACAGAAGGAUUAAUGAACAGUCUGGAAUGUGAAGGAGUAGAUAAAGUGAUGGAAUGGGAAGUGAAUGAAAUGUUAAAAUGGACAAAUGCACUCAACUAUGAAACAUAUGUCAAAGAAUGGAAAGAAAUUGGAACAAGCAAGAUUUCUGAAAGCCACCUAGGUUUCCAGUUUUGUGACAAACCAUAUGAUCUUUCUGAGUUAUCAAAAAAGAUCCAGGAAUUAGUACAAUCUCACAUGGGCAAGGGCAGAAAGGGACAGCAAGCACCCUGAUCGCUGACGAGAAACUAAAGUUGAAAAAUACAUGCUUCUAUUCUGUAUAGGAAGUGUCAACUGAAAUACUAUUGAAUAAAAUGUUGGCUAACAAAAAUUAAUGUAGAUAUGAUGAUAUAUUCAUAUAGUUUCCAGACUUUAUACAUUAAAACACAAUCUAAAGGAGCUUGGACAUUAUCAUGAUAAAUAUUCUGUCUUGAAUAAAAAGAAUUGUUUUUGGACAUACAUAUCAUAUAGUGAAAU